GAGCCCGCGGGGAAGCGCCGCUGAACCCGCUCCUGCCCCGGCUUGGCACGGCGCACGUUGGCCGCUCUCUAGUGCUUCCCUCGCUCCAUUCCGCGCGUGCCGCUGCACCCAGGGGAGAGCCUCUGCCUUCCGUGGCGUCCCAUGGCCCGACUAACGCGGCUGUGCUUGCAGGUGUGGUUUCAGAACAGACGGGCCAAGUGGAGGCGGCAGGAGAAGCUGGAGGUGACCUCCAUGAAGCUGCAGGACUCACCCAUCCUCUCCUUCAACCGCUCACCGCAGGCAGCGCCCAUGGGCCCCCUCAGCAGCAACCUGCCCCUGGAGACCUGGCUCAGCCCGCCGGUGCCCAGCAGCACAGCCCUGCAGAGCCUGCCCGGCUUCGUGGCCUCGCCGCAGAGCCUGCCCGGCAGCUACACGCCACCGCCCUUCCUGAACUCUCCAGCCGUGACCCACACGCUGCAGCCGCUGGGGGCCAUGGGGCCGCCGCCGCCUUACCAGUGCGGGGCCACCUUUGUGGACAAGUUCCCCUUGGACGAGGCAGACCCGCGCAACACCAGCAUUGCCGCCCUGCGGCUGAAGGCCAAGGAGCACAUCCAGUCCAUCGGCAAACCCUGGCAGACGAUCUGAACUCCCUCUUCAGCACCUGGGAGAAACCCCCCCGCGGGGAAGACUGAUCCUGGGAUGCCCAAGGGACGCCCUCGCCCUGCGCUGGCUCCCCAAAGGGCCAGGUACGGGAAGGCUGUCCCUUGCGCCAGCCUUUCCCCCACGCCUUGGCUUGCUUUGUAUCCUGUGGUCCUUUUAAUUCCCUUUUCUACAUGCCCUGCAGAGUUAGGGUUCUGAUCAUAGCUUAGGAAAAAAAAAAAAAUCUCUUUUGCUCUCCCUCCUUGGCUGGACGCUUUAGUUGCAAUAAAAGCUGCAGUAGGGCGAA